AUGUUCGCUGCUCGGGUUACCCGACUAGCAGGCCUUCAACCUGGUUCUUGCUGGAUCCCUCCACGGAGAUGUCUCUCUGCCACUAACCCUGCUCUUUCCGGCCACAACAAAUGGUCGAAGAUCGAGAAAAAGAAGGGGGCCGCUGAUGCCCAGAAGUCGGCCAUGUAUGCAAAGGCGCGGAGCGACAUUCUCAUUGCAGCCAGGAUGGGCGGCUCGCCAAACCCGGAGCUGAACCAGGCACUGGCCGUCGUGCUGAAGCGCGUCAAGGCGCAAGGAGUGCCAAAGGAAAACAUCGAGAGAGCUUUGGAACGCGCCGCAGGCACUGGCAAGAAAGCCGACCAGCAACUAACGUACGAAGUACUCGCGCGCGGCGCGGUCGGACUGGUGGUUGAGUGUCUAUCAGACAAUAGUAACCGUACCUUUGCUGCUGUCCGGGAAACGCUCGAUGACCACAAAGCGCGCUUCGCGCCGGUGCUGUUCCAAUUCAAGCGUCUUGGCUCUGUUCGUGUUGCUGUGGACGCAAGCGCGCCCGACCGAGAGGUGCGCAUGGAAAAGCUGAUCGAAGCUGCGCUUGAAGCUGGCGCCGAAGACUUUCAAGAGCUCGGCUCGUCAACUGACUCCUCUAACUCACUGGAGAUGGAGUUCACAUGUCCGCCGCAGUCCCUCGCACAGUUGACUGCUGCGGUCAGCAUACAGGGGAUAUGCAAGGAGCUGCUAUCAAGCGCCCUGGAAUAUCGGCCAACCGAGCCGGCACCUCAGGAUCCGGAGCUGAAGGCGACGAUUGACGAGCUUGUGGACGACCUAGAGGCGAACGAGGACGUGCUGUCCGUAUGGACAACUUUAGACCGAUAG